AUGCAAUCGUUUUUCCAACACCGUGAUAUUCGCCGACAGCUCCAGAAACAAUUCGUCACCAGACACGAAAAGCCCGGAGAUGUUUGGACUCUCGAGGGCCGUUACUCUUACCAAGAUGGAGAAAUUCAGACAAUCCCUCGCGAGCCGGAUGAUGAUUUACCUGCUGAACGAAUGAGGGAACAUGGCCAUCGUGCCAUCAUAAAUGGACCAACUCUCUAUCCACGCCAUACGGUUCGAGCUCAUUUGGAGAGGGAUGGAGACGUCGAGCGAGCGGAUUUCGAUCCGGAGCUCCAAACCGAUCCACAUACCAUCAACACGCAAGAUACCCUCAGUACACCGACUGAUGUAAUGGUGACUGGAAUUGAAAGAGUUCGACCGGGUGCUGGUGCAUCCACCGAUGUCUCCGGUGGUGGUUCAGUUGGAGAGUCCGGUCAAGAGUUUGAGGGCUCUGACAUUGAGUGGAGCAAGAAGAACAAACUCAUGAUCGUCACUUACGAAGGUGAAUGUGAUCCAAUGGAUCCUCACAAUUGGACCUUCAAACGUCGACUAGCAUGCACUCUUAUAACGUCGGGGACUGCAUGUGUGAUUUUCUGGUCUUCUACAAUUGAUACCACCGCCACCGUAUCAACUAGGGCGCUCUAUCGUACCAAUUCCCAAAUCCAGGUCUUAGCGACGACUAUGUUUCUGGUUAUGAAUGGCCUCGGCGCCCUGGUAGCAGCACCAAUCUCCGAAGUUUUCGGACGCAACCCCACAUACGUUCCGAGUAUGAUCCUGUUCAUGCUGUUUAACAUGGGCGCAGGGCUGGCUCAGACUGUGGUACAGCGAAUUAUCUGCCGUGCCUUGGCUGGCCUAUUCGGGUCUGCCCCAGCUGUCUUAGCAGCAGCGUCUCUUGUGGACAUCUGGUCACGCAUCGAACGAGUCUACAUGUUCCCACUGUUCUCCAUCAUUACCUUCACAGGACCUUUGGUUGGACCGACGCCGGGGGCAUUUGUUGUCCAAUUCAAGUGGGAAAGCUGGCGCUGGGUGGAUUGGAUUACCAUUACCUUUGGAGGAAUAGUCCUGGUACUGCUUGUGCUGUUCCUCCCCGAAACAUACAGUCCCAUCCUGCUAGACUGGAAAGCCAAAGAGCUCUGCCGUCUAACAGGUGAUGACCGGUACCGAGCACCGCUAGACUUCAAACGAGUCUCUUUCAUACAUCGUCUACGCAACUCGCUAUAUCGACCAAUCCUUCUCUUCAUGACAGAGCCAAUCAUCAGCGUCCACGCCUUUUACGUCUCUGUCGAAUUCAUCAUCCUCUACACUUUCAUCUCCGGCUACGCCUCUAUAUACGGGAAAAUAUAUCAUUGGAGUACAGGCUUGACAGCCGUCGCCUUCUUAGGCAUCGAACUCGGAGUCCUCCUCUCCGCACCAGCCGUUCCAAUAGCAAUGUAUUUUCUCCGCCGCGAGAUCAUCCGCAGUCGCGCCCGAGGCCAGCACCGUCCAGACCCCGAGAUCAGUCUGUAUAUGGGCAUGUUUGGUGCGCCAGCUAUCCCAAUUUCCAUGUUCUGGAUGGGCUGGACCGCCCAAGAGUCCAUCAGUUACUGGAGCCCGCUUGCCUCGUCGGUAAUGUUGGGAUUUGGGGUGCUGUGUAUCUUUGUUUCAUCGUAUCAAUAUGUUGCUGAUUCGUUUGAGCUGCAUGCUGCUAGCGCUCUCUCAAGUUUACAAGUAUUGCGGCUUGUUGCUUCUGGUGUUAUGGCAAUUGUCUCGGAAAUUAUGUACCGUAACCUGGGUGUUGCUUGGACGCUGACUGUUCUAGGUGGUAUCUCUUUCGUGUUUUUCCCCGUGCCCCGAUAA